AUGGGCGGUCUAUCUUCACUCGAGAACCGCGGAGGUGCACCCAUGCACCCUGCAACAUGGUCUGAUGUGUGCGCAAAGUUGAAGAUUUCAGAUGAGGACAGGACAACCACGAGCAACAUCCUCCACGAGACAUUUCCCUCGUUUGGGCGCAACGAAGAGGGUACAUGUAAGUCGGAGCUGAGACAUGGGUCCGAAUUCCAGCUGGGCGUGCACUACACGGCCUAUAGCUCGCAUUCUUGCUUUUUGUAUCAUGCCGCUAGUCGGAAGCUGGCUCACUACUCGAUAUGUCUGAGACCUUCUGGCGUUCUGGUUGAUGACACGGUUUCUGGGCCCCCUGGCACAUUGCGCCCGCCGCGCCUCUGGGAGAGAUUCGUGAUACCCACGAGGCCUCGUCCAUUCGGGGAAUAUUCUAUCAGCAACCUUGCUACCCCAUCCGUGGGCCAGGAAACAACGGACUCUGCCUUGUUAGGCGUUGGAGGAGAUGGACAUAUCGACACGACGACGCCGUCACAGGCAGACUUACAGAAGACACCAAAGAUAAAACAACAUAUGGACCGCGCCGCGGUGAUCAUCGAGAACCGGCCGCUUGAGAACCUGAUUCCUGUGAUGCUGCACUUCCACAGUGUUCUCGGCCCCGAGUGGCCCCUGAUCUUCUACACCAUACCCACGACGUCGGACGCGCUGAUGGCGUCGGCGCCGUUCUCACGCGCCGUGGACGAGGGGCGCAUCAUGAUCCGGUACCUGCCGCCCGAGGUGUCGUUCAGCAACCACCGCGCCGUGUCGCUGUUCCUGACGGAGCCGUGGCUCUGGGCGGACCUGGCGCCGUACGACAAGAUCCUCAUGUUCCAGGACGACAGCAUCAUCUGCUCGGCGUCGGGGGCGCGCGCCGACGACUUCCUCGAGUACGACCUGAUCGGGGCGCCCAUCGCCCCGUACUACGGCCAGGGCUACAACGGCGGGCUGUCGAUCCGCAGCCGCGCCCUGGUGCUCGAUCUGCUGGCCCGCUUCAGCUACGCCAACGACAGCGCCGUGCCCGGCGCCCCGGCCAACAUGCAGUUCGAGGACCAGUGGCUGUACACGCGCAUGCAGCAGCUGCCGCCGCGGCCCGACGGCUCGCCCGCCGCCCGGCUCCCCAGCGACGAGGUCGCGGGGUCCUUCGCCGUCGAGACCGUGUGGCAGGACCGCCCCUUUGGCUUCCACCAGCCCGUGCGGUGGCAGAAGGACAACAUGGAGAAGAUCGUGCAGUACUGCCCCGAGGUCGGCAUGAUCAGCGGCGCGGCAUUCUUCUAG